AUGGCUGUCGCAUUCUACAACCUCGGCUCAGAUGCUGGCCUCAAGAAGCUUGAUGAAUACCUUUUAACUCGCAGUUACAUCACAGGGUACCAAGCUUCAAAGGAUGAUCUGACUGUGCAUGCUGCUCUGUCAAAGCCUCCAUCAUCUGACUAUGUGAAUGUUUCACGGUGGUACAACCACAUUGAAGCACUAUUGAGGAUUUCUGGAGUUUCUGCGGAAGGAUCUGGUGUUAUAGUUGAGGGAUCAGCUUCUGUCCCUGAGGAGGCUAUUGCAACUCCUCCUGCUGUAGACACUAAGGCCUCUGCUGCCGAGGAUGACGAUGAUGAUGAUGUGGAUUUGUUUGGUGAAGAGACCGAGGAAGAGAAGAAAGCUGCUGAAGAACGUGCUGCAGCCGUGAAGGCAUCUGGAAAGAAGAAAGAGAGUGGGAAGUCAUCAGUGCUGAUGGAUGUCAAACCAUGGGAUGACGAAACUGAUAUGAAAAAGCUUGAAGAAGCUGUUAGAAGUGUGCAGAUGGAGGGUCUGCUAUGGGGAGCAUCUAAACUUGUAGCUGUUGGAUAUGUUGUGAUAUUGUGGCCUUCAAUAAAAUAUAAUUCACUGAUUCGUUUACCAGUUGGGAAUGUGCAAUCGAACGUUUGGAGUGUAGGUUCUGUGUUCCGUUGA